AUGGGUAAAUCACAAUCAUCUGCUCCAAAGAAAUCAAAGAAGUAUCAUGAUCAUUCUACCACCUUUAUGGGAUAUUCUAGUAAAGAGCGAGGCUCUCAACGCUCUAACCUGGGGACCUCGUCUCCAUCUGUAACCAAUGUUGGAAGUGUCGGUAAUCCCAAACCAAAAUGUAAAUAUUACAAUAAAUUUCAUUUUGGGGAAUGUCGUUUGAGAAGUGGAGCCUGUUACCAAUGUGGUUCUUUUGAUCAUUUUCUCAAAGAUUGCCCAGAAAGGAUUGAAAAAGAUAUUGAACAAACUUCAAAGCCUAGUAAUCCUGCCUCGAGAGGCAGACCACCCCGCCACCCCGGUAAUGUUAGUCGUAGUCGAGGUACUAUAAAGGAUACAACAGUUAAAUCUGAAGUACGGGCACAAGCAAGAACAUAUGCUAUUCGUGUUAGAGAAUAUACUUCUGUACCAGACGUCAUUACUGGUGUAUUUUCUUUACUUUAUACUGAUAUAACUUCUUUGAUUGAUCUUGGUUAUUGUUUCUCGGCUGAUUUACUGUUAUUGCCCUUUGAUGAAUUUGAUGUUAUUUUGGGUAUAGAUUGGCUGACUCAGCAUGAUACAGUGAAAUAUGUCAGAAAGGGGUAUGAUGUUUAUCUUGCAUAUGUGUUAGAUACUAAAGUAUCUGAGUCGAAUAUUCAGUCAGUGCCGGUUGUUUAUGAAUUUUCUGGUGUAUUUCCGAGAGAAUUACUUAGUUUACCACCAGUUAGUAAAGUGGAGUUCUCUAUAGAUCUUGUGCUGGGGACAACACCAAUAUCUAUAGCACCACAGCUCAACGAAGUUGCAAAAAAGAACAAGUACUCAUUGCCUUGA